AUUAGGGAGAUACGUGCGGUAGAUUUUACUCCUUUCUGCUGGUGGACGCCGCCGAGUAAGCAUCGCUGACGUCUUCCCCCCCGCUCCACUGCCGUCAUGUCUAAGUCAGAGUCACCCAAAGAGCCCGAACAGCUGCGGAAGCUCUUCGUCGGAGGUUUGAGCGUUGAAACAACCGAUGAGGGUCUGAGGAGCCAUUGUGAGCAGUGGGGAACGCUCACAGAUUGUGUGGUAAUGAGGGAUCCAAGCACCAAGCGCUCCAGAGGCUUCGGGGUUGUCACGUAUGCCACUGUGGAGGAGGUGCACGCGGCCAUGAGUGCAAAGCCACGCGAGGUGGACGGAAGAGCUGUGGAACCAAAGAGGGCCGUCUCAAGACAAGAUUCUCAAAGACCUGGUGCCCACUUAACUGUGAAGAAGGUUUUUGUUGGUGGCAUUAAAGAAGACACUGAAGAACAUCACCUAAGAGAUUCUUUUGAACAGCAGGGGAAAACUGAAGUGAUGGAAAUCAUGAGUGAUCGAGGCAGUGGCAAAAAGAGAGGCUUUGCUUUCGUAACCUUUGAUGACCAUGACUCCGUAGACAAGACUGUCACUCAGAAAUACCACACUGUGAACGGCCACAACUGUGAAGUAAGGAAAGCCCUAUCUCAGCAAGAGAUGGCUAGUGCCUCAUCCAGCCAAAGAGGUCGAAGUGGUUCUGGAAACUUUGGUGGUGGUCGCGGAGGUGGUUUUGGUGGGAAUGACAACUCUGGUCGUGGAGGAAACCUCAGUGGUCGAGGUGGCUUUGGUGGCAGCCGCGGUGGUGGUGGAGAUGGUGGCAGUGGGGAUGGCUACAAUGGAUUCGGUAACGGUGGAAGCGAUUUUGGAGGUGGUGGAGGCUACAAAGAUUUUGGCAGUUACAACAAUCAAUCUUCAAAUUUUGGACCCGUGAAAGGAGGAAACUUUGGAGGCAGACGUUCUGGCCCCUAUGGUGGUGGAGGCCAAUACUUUGCCAAACCCCGAAACCAAGGCGGCUAUGGUGGUUCCAGCAGCAGCAGUAGCUAUGGCAGUGGCAGAAGGUUUUGAGUACUGCCAGGAAACAAAGCUCAGCAGGAGAGGAGAGCCAGAGAAGCGACGGGGAAGCUACAGGUUACAACAGAUCUGUGAACUCAGCCAAG